CUCUCCUUCGCCUUAGCUGUACGGCUGUGACAGAUUCGGCUGCACGCCACGCAGCGCUGAUCGUCUACUGCUAUAUAGCAUCCUCUCCGUCAUCCAUCGCUAGUUAAGGCAGCAAAGCAACACAAUCGCUUCCGCUCUUCGUGCUCACGCUCACCCUCGCUCCCGCUUUCCCACCACAUGACCUAGCUUGAAGGGUUUCGCCCUUUUUUCUUCCCCUUCCAUUUCCCUCUCUUCUUCUCUCCGGCGGUGUGCUUUUUCAAGACGCUCGUUAAGCUGCACUUUCUUGCUAUCUGAAUCUCGUGCAGUUAGCAGUGGGUCGUGGCGUUUGUGCAACCACAAGUACCUCCAACAACAGGCUCCGCGUCUACCGCAACCUUCUUCCACCCUCCUUCCCUCUUCAACACUUUCUUCACACCUUCACGCUUUUAGCGACGGGUAGAACGACUCAAGUACACAAUGCCCCGUCGACAUUUUACAGCGGACCUGCAGCGGCUCUCUGCAAGCGGGGCUCUAGGACCCCACAUCACUGGCGUCAAGCGGGGCGACGACGAUGGAACUUUCCAGUUCAUCUUCAAUGCGCACCGACCAGGUGUAGUAGGUGUUGAGAUUUGCGGAACCAUACCCGAGCUCGCUGAUUACCCGUCCUCCCAUCAAAUGUUCAUGUACAUCGGCUCACCCGACCCGCCGACAUUUGCUUCUGAUGCGCUGCUGGAUCUGGACGUCAACUUCCAUGACUUGGAGAAGGCGAUUGCGAAGAUCUCCGAGAAACUGCUGAAAUCUCUUGACGCUGCGGACAACGAUGGUGGUAAUCACGAAGAUAUGGACGACUCAGAUGGGCUGGAGGAUUCCGACUUUGGGUCUGUCGGCGGGGGUUGGUCGGAUGACGAGCUCACAACGGCCCUUGACGGCCAUACACCGAUGACCAACCCCGGGUCAAUGUCGUCAGAGACAAAAUCAAAACGAAGCAAGCUGCUGAAAGAGCUACGGGACGAUCUGAGGCAGGCAAAGAGCGCAGGGUUCAAGGUCGGUGUGUUAGGAGAUUAUGCUGGUGGCAUAAGCUUUUUCGUUUCGAUCAGUGUCCGUAUCGAAAAGUUGGGCAUCUCGGAUGAAGCUUUGAUCGCCUGGAAGCUCGACAAGAUGCAGUACUUCAUCGUCUUGAUCCAUUAUUCCAACUACUACCAAAACACCAACAAACUUGUUGCGGACUCGGUUAUGUAUCAUGCCAGGCAGAAUGUCGAUCUGUGCGUCGGCACGUGUGCGAAUUACAAGCCGACCCUCCAGGAAGCAAUAACUGCGUUUUCAAAGGUCACAGCCGGCAAGACACAGUAUACUGGAAAUCUUGAUGGCUCCGACCCCGAUUACGAUGUUCUUAGAGACAAUAUUGGACGGGAGGGCGCAUUUCAGGGCAUUUUCAUCUCCGGUCCCCUCAACCAGCUCCUCAAUACUGCUUUGUUGCCCCUGCUGAAGUGCCGGAUGAGAUAUGCAUUUGGAUGGGACGGGGCGGAAUUGUACUACAACUGUCAGCGAGGAAAAGAUACUGACAACGCGGAUGAGAUAGAUCAAAAGUUCUACACAGAUCAACCGCCAAAGCAGACCCUGGUCCCUUUAGUCAUGGCCGAUGCACUCUCUGAUGCUUCGGCAAGCUUCACACCGGCGGGAUCCACAACGGCGGGCUUCACAACGGCAUCCUUCCCAUUACUUGCUAUGCAGUUCUCUCUGCGGCACCUGGUUCGGUGCACCGAAUUCUGUUUGGUGUGCCACAACAAGGUGUUAACCGACUUCGAAGCCCUCAAACCAUACGUUUGCUCCAGCCCACUGUGUCUCUAUCAAUACAUGUCCCUGGGAUUUGGUCCUAGCAUUGAGUACGAGAUCAUGUCGCAGCCAACUGUCGUCGACCUCUUGGUGAAUUUCUGCUAUGCCUCCGCGAGGGGGGGCAAACUGGCGAAUUUCCCCGACGGCAUGGACCUAAAGAUUUACUCGUCCGCCUCGCCGCAAUACUCCGGCGACUUCCACCGGACAAAGAAUGAAUUUCGUUUCCCUAUUAAAGGCCCCGUGGACCUGCGACCUUUGCUGAAGGAUGGGGGUUGGAUAGUCAUGACCGUCGCCGGCAUUGGAGGUGAGGAGUGGCAUGCCCGUAUCAUCGAAACGUGUUACUGGCCCGUCGUCAAGAUUUCACCGCCCAUAAACGUGAGGGCCCUCACUGUCAAUUCGGGAGAUCUUCAGUCCACGGAGACGAGCUCUGAUGUACCGCCACCAUCGUACAUUCCCGGUGCAACGGAUGUUAGGGAUGUGCAGUUCAAGAUUUAUGACGAUGCUUUCGACUCAGUGAAUGAACAUGAAAAGCGGAAAGCAAUCGUAAAUCUGCUAAACACCUUACCAUCGGUGUCGGAAAUGAAAGCAUGGCUGCAGAGGAGCUCCGUUAGUGGCGGUGAAGUGUCUUUGAGGAAAUUCAAGAAUAGGCUCUCGCCUUCGGCUAUGGGGUUGUUGCGCUGGAUCAUUGCCAGUAACAGGAGCUGCAUUGUUCCUUUAGAUGACUCUGAUGAAUCCACUUCCAGCGGCUUUAUGCCGGUUCAGGGCAUGGGCCCGGAAUGGAAACAAUUCCGGUUUGCGAUGGGUGCCCCCGACAAAGAGCAGAGGUUUGUGAAUUCAGUCAAGGAGGCUCAGAAACGGAUUGGGUCCAAAUAUCCGUCACUAUUUGCUUUCCACGGCUCGCCGAUUGCGAACUGGCAUUCCAUCAUCCGCGAAGGUCUCAACUUCAAGCAGACGUUGCACGGUAGGGCAUUUGGACAUGGUUGCUAUCACAGUCUGGAUCUCACCACCUCGCUGAAUUAUUCUAUGAAUAACAUGAAUCAUGGAAGUGGCAUAUCAACCGCCCUAAGCGUCGGAACCAUGACCUGGCCCCAGAGCGAGUUGCAAAUCACCAAUGCCCUGAGUCUAAACGAGAUAGUCAACUCUCCGAACGAGUUCGUCUCGAAAGCCCCUCAUUUGGUUGUAGCACAGCUCGACUGGAUUCAAACUCGCUAUCUAUUCGUGCUGGUCCAGAAACCCCUCACAAAAGCCGAGACGGUGGUCAAUGCCAUGCUGCUCCAGAAAUCCGGCACAACAAUCACUGCCGUGAUGUCCGCGAAGUCCACAGCCGAAGAAUCUAAGAAGCAAAACGUACUGCCUCGGUCCAUGAUCCAUCCACAGGAUCCUAAUUUUACCCCUCGAAAUGGCAACACGGCGCUAGUUAUCCCGGCUACUCCUUCAAGUCGGAGAAGGGAGGUCAGCCCUUCUGAUGACGACAUUGUAAUGGUUGAUGCACCUCCACCUCACACUCCCCGUAAGAGGAAAAUGAAGCAGGAGAAUGGCAAAGGCAUUUUUCAAUUUGUGAACAGGUUGACUGGGGGUUCGAGUGUGGAUGAUCCUUUGACGGAUGACCAUUUGGCAGAUGACGACAGCGCUUCUACCGCUACGGAUGACGAGGAUCUUCGGGUGCUUCUCUCGGAUGAAGAAGACUCGGAAUUGGAGAAGGGCAAAGGGAAGAAGAAAUUUCGGCCCGACGAGUUCAUCCCCGACUCACUCGAUACAAGCAUGAUUGAAUUCCUUGCGCCACCGUCAUAUGCAUCUCCCAUGGCAAGCAAACGCCUCAACAGCGAUAUCCGGAGUUUGAUUCGGCUCCAGGAAUCAACGCCACUCCACGAACUGGGUUUCUACCUCAACCCCAAAUACGUCGAAAACGUAUACCAGUGGAUCAUAGAGAUGCAUUCGUUUCCUGAGAACAUCCCGCUAGUUAAGGACAUGCGCUCCAAGUCCCCAGUUGUCCGGUCGAUCGUCUUUGAGAUUCGGUUUGGCCCGCAAUAUCCCAUGUCACCCCCCUUCGUCCGGGUCGUCCAACCCCGCUUCAAAGGGUUCCACCAGGGAGGCGGCGGAAACGUCACGCUCGGAGGUGCAAUGUGCAUGGAGCUUCUCACAAACACAGGUUGGAGCGCGGUCAGCACCGUCGAGAGCGUGCUGAUGCAGGUUCGCAUGGCGCUGAUGGACGAGGAGCGUCCGGCCCGCCUGGAGCAGGGUCCUGUUCGCUCCUACAGCGUCUCCGAGGCUGUGGAAGCGUUCAAGCGCGCCUGCCGAGCUCACGGGUGGAAGAUGCCGGACGAUAUCAAUAUGUUCAGGUAAAAGAGGGGCGAGAAUCGGGUAGAUGGUUUUCGGUGAGCGUAUUUCAUUUCAUUCGUGGCAUUUUUCUUUUCCUCUCACAAGACCCUACAUAGCAUUUUUGGGGGCGAUCUUAGGCGAAAUCAAGGGCUUUUUCUUUCUUCUUCUGUAUUCUUAACCUGGUGGUUUCUUUGAUUUAAUUUGUGAGGUAGUUAAACGGUCGCUCGGA